CACUCGACUGAGGGUAGGGUUUGGUUGGACUCCAUCUUUGCUUUCAUAGCAAUCACUGAGUGUUCAGUGAAUGACUUAAUGAGUGAAUGAGACACUCAUCGCAUCCACACAUAUGACAAGCCAUUCAUACACUCAUUGAUACCUUUGUUUCGAUAGGGUUGAACCGAUUGAUGCCAUCAUUGGUUUAGUGAGUGGUUUGGUGUCCAAUCACAUAAAGAAGUCGAUCUAUUGUUCACUGUUUGUGUUGAGGGAACUGAAUGUCAAAACCGAUAUCAUAGCUAUCAGUGGGAUAUAUUCGCGAGUCUUGUGGACCUCUUCCUCAUCAGUUAUGCCAUUACCGUCGCGUUCAAGAGUUUACGCGGACGUGAAUUCUCACCGAUCGAGAGACUACUGGGACUACGAGUCACAUGUGGUCGAGUGGGGCAACCAAGACGACUACCAACUGGUGAAGAAGUUGGGUCGCGGCAAGUACUCGGAGGUCUUCGAGGCCAUCAACAUCACCAACAAUGAGAAGUGUGUCGUCAAAAUACUGAAGCCCGUCAAGAAGAAGAAAAUCAAACGUGAAAUUAAGAUCUUAGAGAACCUGAGGGGCGGACCAAAUAUCAUAGCCCUGCAAGCGGUCGUCAAAGACGCUGUGUCUCGGACACCGGCGCUCAUCUUUGAACACGUGAACAACACUGACUUCAAACAGUUGUAUCAAACGCUCACCGAUUACGACAUCCGCUUCUAUUUGUAUGAAUUACUCAAAGCCUUGGACUACAGCCAUAGUAUGGGAAUAAUGCACAGGGAUGUCAAGCCCCACAACGUUAUGAUAGAUCACGAAAAUAGAAAAUUAAGGCUAAUAGACUGGGGUUUGGCUGAGUUCUACCAUCCCGGCCAGGAAUACAACGUUCGCGUGGCCUCACGAUAUUUCAAAGGCCCGGAACUGCUGGUGGACUAUCAGAUGUAUGACUACUCACUGGACAUGUGGUCAUUGGGCUGUAUGUUGGCGUCGAUGAUAUUCCGAAAGGAGCCCUUCUUUCACGGACACGACAAUUAUGAUCAACUCGUGAGAAUCGCUAAAGUCUUGGGCACCGAAGACUUAUACGAAUAUCUCAAUAAAUAUCAAAUAGAACUCGACCCGAGAUUUGAUGACAUCCUCGGCAGGCAUUCAAGGAAGCGAUGGGAACGGUUCGUUCACAGCGAGAACUCCCAUUUGGUUAGUCCCGAGGCACUGGACUUUUUAGACAAAUUAUUACGCUAUGAUCACACGGAUAGGCUGACGGCCAGGGAGGCCAUGGAUCACGCGUACUUCUGUAUGAAUUGA